GAGCGCGGGCGAGCGAGCGCGAGCGGGUCUUGAUGAAGCCUGGAGAACCAAUCACGGCGACCGGGGGGCUGGAAAAUGGAGGUUAAAGUUCGGACGGAAGUUCUCUAAGCUUCCGGUGGCCGGCUUGCGCUGGAACUAUGGCUAAACAUCAUCCGGAUUUGAUUUUCUGCCGCAAGCAGGCUGGUGUUGCCAUCGGAAGACUGUGUGAAAAAUGUGAUGGCAAGUGUGUGAUCUGUGACUCCUACGUGCGUCCCUGCACUCUGGUGCGCAUAUGUGAUGAGUGUAAUUAUGGCUCUUACCAGGGGCGCUGUGUGAUCUGUGGAGGCCCUGGAGUCUCGGAUGCCUAUUAUUGUAAGGAGUGCACCAUCCAGGAGAAGGAUAGAGAUGGUUGCCCAAAGAUUGUUAACUUGGGGAGCUCUAAGACCGAUCUCUUCUAUGAACGCAAAAAGUACGGCUUCAAGAAGAGGUGAUUGGUGGGUGGCCACCCCACCACCCCCCAGCUACUGCAGCUUCCACGAAAGAUAGCGACCACUACCAGCACAGAGGGAGGAGAGCCCUCGUCCACGGGCCCCCCUCCACCUUUCCUCCUCUUACCCAGACAUGUGAUAGCGACAGAAAAGGAAUCUUCAGACCCCACUCUAGCAGACCAGAGCAGAGAAAAAUUGAUAGAUUGGCUCAUGGUUUUUCUUGAAUUCAAGAAACAAGAAUGUUUUCCAAAUGGCUAUGUUCUCUCUACACUAAGAGCUGCUGCUGCUGCCGCUUCUUUAACACCAAGAGCUUCUGAAACAGGAAUGAUACCAUCUCAGUCUCCUGUUUGAGGAAUUAACUGUGACGCUACCGCAGCGAGAAGCCUGUUCUUCGCAGCAGCCCUGACGGAGGAGACCUCUGCCGGGUUGGGGGGAGCUCUCGAACAAUCAGCGCGGGCACUGAGUUUUUUAACACUUAGCAGGUGCCGCCUGUUCAUGUUAUGUUCCUUCUAAGAACUUGGAAACCCUUUCUGUUGCUGUUGUGUUAAUAAAGCAGGUAUUUCUUUUCUGGUA